CAACUAUAAAUGCCGGUGGUGAAAGAUAACAAACAGACUGCGUUUCUGGAAAGUACUUAAAUGAAGUUUAAAAUUUGAAGUAGACGAUAACACAAAAUGAACACACUUCGUCACACAAUAUCCCUAGUAUCGCUGGGUACCUUCCAACUGGUCCGCCGUACAAAAGGCCAGCAUGUUCGGGGCUUUCUUCUCGGCACCGGGCUAGGUUUGGCCAGCUUUUCGGCGGUCACGUACGCACAUUCUGCGGAGGCGGUCAACCCGAAGGUCAAGGGGGUGCAGCUGGAUACCUCACGGUUUAUGGCAGAGCCCAUUACGGACUCCAAGGCGCUGCUGGAGGACAAGGAUAACAUGCGACACCGUAUGGAGAUACUGAUCAUGGAGAUCCAGGCACAGUUCUGCCGAGCCCUGGAGGCGGAGGAGAAUUGCGGUCAGAAAUUUAAGGUGGACCGUUGGGAGCGGGCCGAGGGCGGAGGCGGGAUCACGUGCGUCCUACAGGAUGGUGAUGUUUUCGAAAAGGCUGGCGUUAAUAUAUCCGUUGUCACCGGUUCCCUACCUCCAGCUGCAGUUCAGCAAAUGCGGGCUCGUGGAAAGAACCUGAAAGAGGGCGCUGCCCUGCCAUUCUUCGCCAGUGGCGUUAGUGCCGUCAUCCACCCUAGGAAUCCACAUGUACCCACUAUCCACUUUAACUAUCGCUACUUCGAGGUGGAGACGGCCAAGGGAGAGAAACAGUGGUGGUUUGGUGGUGGUACGGAUCUGACACCAUAUUACCUCUGCGAGAAAGACGCGUGCCACUUCCACCAGACUCUGAAGUCCGCCUGCGACGAGCACGAUGCCAGCUAUUAUCCGCGUUUUAAGAAAUGGUGUGACGACUACUUCCGCAUCAAGCACCGCAACGAAAGUCGCGGCAUCGGCGGUAUCUUCUUCGACGACAUUGAUUCGCCCAAUCAGGAUGCUGCCUUUAACUUCGUGUCCAGUUGUGCCCGUGCAGUAAUCCCCUCCUACAUGCCGCUGGUCAAGAAACACAAGAACCGGGAGUAUGGAAACAACGAGCGCCAGUGGCAACUCUUGCGCCGCGGACGCUACGUAGAGUUCAACCUAAUCUACGAUCGCGGCACCAAGUUCGGGCUAUACACGCCAGGAGCACGAUACGAGAGCAUUCUGAUGUCACUGCCCCUGCACGCCCGAUGGGAGUACAUGCACGAGCCCAAUUCCAAAUCCGAAGAAGGCAAGCUUAUGAAGGUCCUGAAGAACCCCAAGGAAUGGGUCUAAGCCGGGGUUUGUUUUUAUUUAUUCUUAAGUGGGAAUUGGUGCCUUUCACACUCUUUUUAAAACUCCAUGUGUAAAUAUUUUAAUCGUUGUUGCAAAUAAACAUGACAAAAUGUUAAGUUUCAUUAA